AUGGGUGAUUCGAAUAUAGAUUCAAAUAUAGAUCCGAAUUUGGGGGAAAUACUAAAGGAACAAUCGUCACAUGCAACGCAGAAUAAUAACUCAUCAGGUCAAUCAGAUCAAACCAUAAAUUCACAAACACAACUAACAGCUGAAGAAGCUUUAUCCUCAAUAGCAGAUGAAUUAACAAAAGAUCCAAUAAACGAAAAUGAAGUUGAUCAAUCGAUAAGUGAAAAAGCUGAAAUGUUUUUACAACAAAAUCAAGAUGAUGAUGAUAAUGCAGAGCCAGCAGCUAAGAGAAUGAAAUUUGAUGCUGAUAAGAAUCGUUCUGUAAGUCCCGCCAUGAAUUUGGAUUCAGAAGGAUUGCCAGAAGUGCAAAAGUCGCCGGAUGAUGCAGAUAAAACAAACGAUCAAUCAGACACCUUAAAUGACAACAAUUCAAACUCAACUACAUUCCAAGCUUCACCAAACAACAAUCAACAAGAACAAGUACAAACAGAGAAUCUACCGCAACAAAAAAGUCAACAACCAACUAAUCUGUAUGACCAGUCAUCAAACCAACAACGUAAAUCUCCACAAAGUAAUACUCGACCACAAACACAACGAUACACAUCUUCAGUAAUACCGUCUGAUUCUGAAUUAUUCAACACAAACGCCGUUCAUACAGCUUAUACAACCUUAUCAUCACAAUAUAAUUAUCUGAGUUUAGAUUCAAAUAAUUCAAUUUUUUCUCAAGCUAAUUUAUCAGUUUUACCAUUACCUAUAGUAGCAGCGGAUUAUUUACCACCAAGAAUACAAUUAUUAAUAAAUACAUUACCAACAUUAGAUAAUUUAGCUACUCAAUUAUUAAGAAUAGUUGCAAGUUCUUCAUAUAAAAAAAUAAUUGAUUUAGCAUCAAAUACUGAAACUUCAGAAGGAGCAACAUAUAGAGAUUUAACUUCUUUAUUUGAAUUUACAAAAAGAUUAUAUUCUGAAGAAGAUCCAUUUAUAACUGUUGAACAUUUAGCUCCUGGAAUGUGGCAAAUUGGAGAAAUUACUCCACAAGUUUUUAAAAAUAAAGAACAAAGUAUUGAAUCAACUUUAAGAAAAGUAAAUUUAGCUACUUUUUUAGCUGCAACUUUAGGUACAAUGGAAGUUGGAUUUUUUUAUCUUAAUGAAUCAUUUUUAGAUAUUUUUUGUCCAUCAAAUGAUUUAGAUUUAAAAAAUCAUUUAAAUGAUCAAAGUUAUUUAGAUAUUUCAACAAAUUCAUUAACUACAUCUAUUCAAACUGGAGUUGGUUCAUCUAUUGGUGGAAAAAUUGGGAAAUUAUUAAAACCUCAAGCUUCAUUAUAUAUAGAUUUAAAAACUCAAGCUUAUAUAUCAGCAAUUGAAGCAGGUGAAAGAUCAAGAGAAGAAAUAUUAGAAGAUAUAUUACCUGAUGAUAUGGAUCAAUAUCUUAUGAUGAAAAGACAAAUUAAUUUAUUAUUACCAACAGAAAAUGAUUUUAUUGAAAGAUGUAAAAUUAGAAAAAAUUUAUUAUUAAAUUAUGAUGAAGAAAAUUCAAAUUUACCAUUAAAUGAAAAUUUUAAAUGGUUUAAUUUUUUAAAAGAUUUAUUUGAUUAUGUUUCAAAAAAUAUGGGAUAUUUAAUAUGGGGUAAAUCUGGUAAACCUCAUAGAGAUAAAAAUAAUUCAUCUUCGACUUCAGUAAUAACAAAAGAAAUGUAUGAUCAAAUAAAUGCAAGAAUGAAUAUAGAUACAAAUAAUUCAUCAGUACCAUCUCAAUCACAAUCUACAUCAUCAUCAACAGCAACAUCUGGUCAAUCACCAAAUGAUCAUUCUAAAUUAUUACCAUCUGAAAUUAGAGAACAACAAAUUCAUGUAAAUGGUCAUAAACCAAGUCAAAGAAGACCAUGGACAAGAGAUGAAGAAAAAGCAUUUAGACAUGCAUUAGAAAUAAAAGGUCCACAUUGGGCAGCAAUAUUAGAUUUAUUUGGUAAAGAUGGUAAAAUAAAUCAAUCUUUAAAAAAUAGAAGUCAAAUUCAAUUAAAAGAUAAAGCAAGAAAUUGGAAAGUUUUUUAUUUAAAAAAUGGUAUGGAAGUUCCUUCUUAUUUAAAAACUGUUACUGGUGGUUUAGAUGAUAGAGUUAAACGUUCUAUUUCAAGAAAUGAUAAAACUGCUGCUGCUCCUGUUCCAAAAGCUUCGAAUCAACAACAGCAACAACAACAACAGCAGCAGCAACAGCAACAGCAACAGCAGCAACAACAACAACAACAACAACAAGAGCAGUUACAACAAAUUCAACAACAACUACAACAGCAGCAACAGCAACAGCAGCAGCAACAACAGCAGCAGCAACAACAGCAGCAGCAACAACAACAAACAUGA